AUGGAUCCAAUAAAUUACAUCUUCGAAAAUCCUGCCUUAAUCGAAAGACUCGCCCGUUGGCAUAUGUUACUGUCUGAGAAUGACAUACAAUACAUAUCCCAUAAAGUUAUAAAAGGAAGUGUGUUGUCUAACUACCUUGCACACCAACCAGUCGAAGAAUACCAGCCACUGGAAUUUGACUUCCCUGAUGAAGAUAUCAUGGCAAUAAAGGAUUAUGAAAUCCCAGGACCUAAGGAAGGACCCAAAUCAGGAUCUCGAUGGAAGCUCAUGUUCGAUGGUUCCUCCAAUUACAUGGGGCAUGGAGUGGGAGUUGUUUUGAUGAAUCCAAAUGGUGGAUAUACUCCGGUCACAGCAAUGCUGUGCUUUGAUUGCAUAAAUAAUAUAGCAGAAUAUGAGGCAUGCAUCCUGGUUAUUAAAGUCGCAGUUGACCUCCGAAUCAAAAUCCUUGAGGUAUAUGGUGACUCAACUUUGGUAAUAUAUCAAAUCAAAGGAGAACGGGAAACCCGCAAUGCCAAGCUAAUCCCGUAUCGCGCUUAA